GUGCUCUCUCCCAGCCCCUCUCUGGAUGCAUCGGACUCCUCUGCCCCGGGGCCCUGGACCCGGUGUGUGACCCCCCCUCCCUCGCCCCAUCCCCCCCCUCUCCCCACUCCCUCCGCACCGAGCUCCUUUCCACCUGUCCGCCUCGGCGCUCCUGUCCUGGGCCCCCUGCCUCUCGACCAGUGGGCAGAGGCGGGGGGCCAUGGCGCCACGGUAGCCUCCAGCGGGCGCAACCCCGCCGCCAUGAGCAGCGUGACCCCUCCGGAGGGCCGGGUUCAGGGGUCAAACCGCACCCUGCAUCACUACAAGCCCUUCAGCUCGCACGAACACUACCAGCAGGUGAUGCGUGCGCUGCGUAAGCUGCAGGAGAGUGGGUUUUACUGGGGGGCCGUGGGGGGCCGGGAAGCCAGCGCCCGGCUGCGCUCCGAACCGCCCGGCACCUUUCUGAUCCGCGACUCCUCGGACCACCACCACUUCUUCACCCUCUCCAUCCAGACGUCUCGGGGACCCAAGAACCUGCGCAUCCACAGCGAGGGAGGCGGCUUCUUCCUGCAGCCGGACCCCCAAAACACCCAGGAGCCCCGGCAGUUCGACUGCGUGCUGAAGCUUGUGGCGCACUACAUGAGCAAAGGGCCGGACGGUGGACGGGGCAGAGAAGCGCCGUGUGGGGGUAAUUCAAGAGAGGCGGAGAAGAGCGGCUGCAGCGCGUAUCUCAUUCACACCAGCGGGGAGAAGAUCCCCUUGGAACUGCGGCGGCCCCUCUCGAGUUCCCUCUCCUCCCUGCAGCACAUGUGCAGGAGGGCCCUGAACAACCAGGAGGGGUCGGGGGGAGCGGAGCAGCUGCCGCACAGGCUUAAAGACUUCCUGGAGGAGUACGACGCCACUAUAUGACCGACGGCAAGCGCGAGAAGUUCCACAAACCUCGACCAACCUCGGGCGCCGACGCGAGGUCUCGCGUUCUGUUGUCGCGUCGAGGCCAGAACCCCCUCCCAUCGGGUAACCAAUGAUUACCUCGUCCGUCCUGACCACCACUGUGAGUGGCAAAACCGUGCCAGAAGGUCAAAGGUCAACGUUUCCCGUGACUGACUCAAGACGCAGAGCGGAGCCUCGUAGAAGAUUAACCCGAUUGGGUCGCUACUAGCGACGCCGUGAUCAGAAACGUCUCCUCUCUCUCCGCCGGACAUUCACGACAAUCUGACAGGAAACAGGACAAAACAACGGGGAGGUGCAGACGGGGUCAAUGGAGGAGGAGCUGACGGUGAAAAAGCAAAGUCCAAACACAGGGGUCGGGGCGGGAGGAGGAGAGGGGAGGGGGGGGAGGCGAAGCAGAGAACAUACAGUUUUAUUUGUCUGCGUGAGUCUGUGUGUGUUGUGGUAGCGCACACAUUUCCAUUGCUGCUUCCCGCAAACGUUGCCUCACUGAGGGGCGGGGGCAGGGUGGGGGGGGGGUUGUGCAUGGCAGCUCCACACACACACACACACGCACACACACACACACAAUGCUACAGGCCAGCAUGAAGGUUUUUCUUUUUUUUUUGAAAGCGUGGGAACAAGAGACGGCCCGGAAAAAAAACCCCGCGAUGCCAAGCAUGUUCUCCUGUUUGCUUCCUGGUUCUCCUCCGUCGCCCUGCGGCCCUUCGAGUCGGAAGCGUGUUGCUGAGACUAAAGCUUUGGCACGAAACCAAACAGCAGAAUUUAUUUUUAUCCAGACUGGCGGGAUAGAAAAUGUCCCCGUUCAAGCGCCUCGGGGAGCGGUGAUGAUGAUCCAUAACAUUUGAAGGAGAGGAGGAGGGGGGGGGUUGAACGAAGGAGAAAGAAGAGCGGGAAAUGGGAUUAGGAAAGGGAAAUUGAAGAGGAGGGAGAACUGGGGAAGGGGGAGGAGACAUACUGGUACACGGCUAAACAGAAACAGUGAUGUGAUUGAUGCCCCAGACUUGGAGGAAACGAUGAAGCUGGACAGGACGCCGCUCCUUUAAAACGUAAAGCCACGUCUGCCAAGAUGUGAAAAAGACGUUCUUGGCUGAGUCUUAAUUCUCUCCUUCAGACCCUCUCAGAGCAAUUCCUCCUCCAACAUUAUCAUCUCCAACGUGUUUUUUUUUCUUCUUUCUUUUAAGUGCUCAUGAAGGAGAAAACGUUUUCAAUCCCAGUAACUUUAGAAAGGCUUCUCGUCCUCCGUCUCAUCGUUGCCUCUGAAGCGGGAGUUGGUUUUCUGUGUCUGAGGGUCCGGGGGGGGGAACACAAAACCUCCUGAGAGUGGAAAAAGACGGCCUUUUGUAAAACAGAGACUCAGAUUUGAUCAGAAUUGUUUCUGUCUGUGUUUGACCAGUGCUCAUACUUACCUGUGAUCCAUAUUGGAGUGGUAGCCUUUUCACAUCAUUAAACUUUGUGAUCUCAUGUGUUCACUCGAGACAAGAGUGCUGAAAUAGUACCACAGUGAUACUUUCCUUACUUCUUUUUGGAAAUAUUUUCUCCCGUCAACACCAAGUUUGUUUCUGUUUUUUUUUACAUGUGUUGCACCAGAGGACCACAUGUGUAUUUGAAUCAUUUCGUCUUUUAUAAAGACUCUCUCGCUAAAGGCUGGCCACUGGUCUGGCAAAGAUACAAGCUGUUAUAUCCGAAAUGACAAAGCAUUACAUACAACGAGAAAAGUCAAUGAAAAGGAAACGUUGCACAUAUUUAUAUUUCUAAAAUAUUUCAAUAAUUUAUAUUAAAGAGCACUAUUUUUACAAAAGUCAA